GGCUCUGCUGCUUCCCCACCUGCCAAGGACCCUCUCUCUCUCGCCAGCCCCAUGGUGCGCUCCCGGCUGCCUCUCCUGUCCCUCCUCGGCCUCUUCGGCGCCCUCCUGAUGCUCUUCCUGGGGACCCCCGAGGAUCUUUGCGACUUGCCGGUCACUGAUCCAGGGGUUGAGAAAGCCCUCACCUUCGCCCUGGUGCAAUACAACCGGUUCAGACGUAAGGACGCCAACUAUUUCAAGGUGCUGCGAGUUCUGAAGGCGCAGUCGCAGGUGGAGACUAGAUACGAAUACCAUCUCACGGUGGAGUUGGUGGAAACAACAUGUGAAAAGUCGGCCUGUUGCAAACUGAGUUACAAGGACAUCCAAAUGUGUGAGCAAUUUCCAGGGAAUCAGGAGAAACAAACCUGCUACUUGAAAGUUAUACACCGACUUCCGGUGAAUUUCAAAAUCGUAUCCUGUACCUGAGCUGGACCUCCGAAGGACCUCUUCUGCUCCGGCUAAGGAUUCUGAGGGUGUCCAGCAGCCGAGGAACCUCUGGUGUGCAAGCUGGCUUCACACCAAGCUCUGCUUCUUCUGACACCAAUCAAGAAGGAGACGGUUUGCUUCAGCCCAAAUUCACAUCUUCUGCUUUUCUGAGAUUGUUCCCUGACAUCCAGGGAGGACUUUUCCUGCACUUCUCCUCCUUUCUAUCAUUUUCAUCUCUGAGAAGAAUCAAUAUUUUGAGAAUUCGGUUCAUUAGUCUUUUUUGUGUGUGUGUGUGUGUGUGUCUUAUACAUCAAACAAACUUUAAAUCUAUAGCUGUCUACAUCACAGCGCGAGAAGGAAGUAAAAUUGUCCCAUUACAUAUAUAGGAUAGCCAAGAAAAACCUAUUACAUAUACCAAGUGACAUGUUUAUCAUAUACAUCAGUUUGCAGCUCGGUCUGACAUCCAAUUGUACCAUUGGCUCCAAGAUAUAUAAUA